AUGUUCCUUGGUGGCUGCAUCGGCGGUGCCGCAGAUGCCUCAGUUGGACGCCACACUGUCCGCACCUCCGUCAUCCUGGAAACUAUGGCGCCCCUGAUGCUCGGGGCUGCAGGAGCCGUUGCUGCCUUGCGACUUGCCUACGGGCAGGCCUACUUCAAAGAUUGGACUGACGAGGAGUCGAUGUCCGAGCUGAAGAAACUGUACUCUCAACGAUCUGCUGGGGGCCUCUUUGUGCUGAGGUGCUGGCGAGUCCGGGUGGCAGCGCUCUUCUGCUUCCAGGUCGUUGUGAUGAUGUGGCUCCGGUACACGGUGGAUCUGCUCAUGGACGUGCAGGCAAUGACGAUUUUCCUGCAGCACGCAGAGCAUGCGUUCUUCCUGCUCAACCUGGCGGGAGUCUUCCUGGGACUGAUUUGGACAGCCUACGAGUUCUACAUGGUCAUCGCUGGGGGCUCGACCGUGGGGGGCUCGAAGAUCCCGCGCAGCGAGAUCUUCUUCGCGGGCCUCACGCUGCCAGUGCUGGGACAGCAUGUCACCUACCUGGCCAUGCUCUCCCUGUUCCGCGGAGAGGUACAUCCCUUCCUCUUUGUCUCCACGCUGUCGGAGGCUAUCCUGGAGUCGUCCUUCUCCUCCUACAUCCAGACCUAUGCAGUCGUCUUCACCGACGAGAUGACAUGGGCACAGAAGAGCCAGCUCUACUUCUCCAUCUUCAUGUCCUUCGUCUCCAUCGGGUAUGCCUUCAGCACCAUCGACAUGUUCAAGAACGGGCGGAUGUUGGUGAAGAUUCCGGGCUUCUGCAAGGGCUUUGAUGCCCGCUUCUUCACGGUCUUCUUCUUCCGCGUGGCUGAGAUCACCUCGCGGGCCACAUCCCUGGCACUCUUUCAAGCCAUCACCCGGCCCUACGGCAUGUUCGUGCUGAUCGCGGCCGACGCCCUCAUCAUGGCCUCCCUGACGAUCUUGUUUCAAUGUCAGGUGGGGGAUGACCCUAAACCCUAA